AUGUACCCCCUGGCACUGCUCACCUGUGCAGUUGCUCUGAGCCACUGCGCUCUGGCCGCGAGAGUCUGUUCCAGGCCCCCAGAAGUGCUAUUUGCCACCAUUGAUGUAAACAAAAGUGUGUAUGAAGUGGGUGAGGAAGUAGAGUACACCUGUAGGCCUGGCUUUGUCCCCAACAAUGGCCAGAGGAAGUACACCUGCCUCCCGAGCGGCAAGUGGCCUCUCAAUACGCUGCUGUGCCUCCCAAAAAGAUGUGCCAGUCUUGGAAAUUUGGAGCAUGGGAAAAUGGAUUUUAGAGACCUCCGCUAUCAGAGUUCCGUAAGUUUUUCAUGUGAACCAGGGUACAACCUCGUUGGGACAAGAACCAGCCAAUGCAUGGCAGAUGGGAAAUGGAGUGGAACUUUUCCACAGUGUCAACCUGUGACUUGUGCACCUCCCCCAAUUCCUGAAUUUGGAGUCCUUUCUUACCGUGGCUUAAAAUCUGGGAAUGUUUCUAAGUACCUGGAUACAAUUACUUUUGAGUGUGUGCCUCCUCUCGCCCUUAUUGGGAAUGAGACAGCUACCUGCAUGGCCAACGGGAACUGGAGCAGCAUUCCGGAGUGCAAGGUUGUCACAUGCCCCACUCCAACUGGAAUAGAAAAUGGAUUCCUAGAGCUUGUUGCCCGUAGAACAUAUCACUACAACGAGAGUGUCAGCUUUGGCUGCCAGCCCAGAUACGUGCUGGAUGGACCUAAGCAUUCCCGAUGUGAAAAGACUGGAAACUGGUCCACAAAGCCAACCUGUAAAGAACCAUGUAAAAUACCAGUGAAGAAAGCUGUAGUAUUGUACAAUGGUGAGAAGAAAAGAGUUCAGAACGACCUUAAGGAGGGCAUUCAGCAUGGAGAAACCAUAUCCUUCUUCUGCAAGAAUAAAGAAAAAUCCUGUGCCUAUACAGUAGCUGUGCCAUGUGUGGAUGGCAACCUGACUCUCCCUGCCUGUUUCAAAGAACGUGGCUUUUUUUCAACUCUUGUAAAGAAGGACCCCUCAGAAAUGAAACCAUGUGAAGAUCAAGAAUGAAUCAGAGAAGUAACACAGUGCUGAAUCUCUGCCUUAUUGAGACAAAAUAUUAUCUAAAGAGAGGAAUACCUAGGUCCUGUGAGUGCGAAUUUCCAGGCCAACUCUGGACUCCCUGUGAAUGCAGCCUCAGCUAUUUUCCCAACCACCAUCCCUUUCCCUACCAGCCCUUCACAAGCUAUGACACUAUUUCAGCCACUAAUUCUCAUUGCCUUUCCUCUGCCUUCUUCAAACUCCCUGCAAUACUACUUCUCUUUCCAUAUUCCCAACAUUUGUGCAACUGGAAUUCACUUUCUCAAUAGCAAUUCCUUUACAAUAAAGCAAU